UAGUUACAGCGAGAACCAUCGAGGGAGCAGCUGAUCACAGCCCCGACCCUGGGACAACAGCAGCUGCCCCGAUGGAGGAAGUGUUUAUCAAGCGGUCGCAGCAGAAGAAGAAAACGUCACCGCUCAACUACAAGGAGCGGCUCUUCAUCCUGUCCCUCACCCGCGUGGCCUACUAUGAGUACGACACCGAGCGGAUGAAGCGUGGGGGCAAGAAGGGCUCCAUUGAUCUAGAACGUAUCAAGUGUGUGGAGGAGGUGAAGCCUGAGGACAGCGGCCCCAUCGACAGGCAAUUCCCCUUCCAGAUUGUCCAUGACGAGGGGCCUCUCUACGUGUUCGCAAAGACUGAGGACGUUCGCCGGCAGUGGAUCACCGAGCUCGGCAACAGGAUCCGCUUCAAUGCGGAGUUGUUGCAGAAAUACCACCCGUGUUUCUGGAUGGAGGGAGAGUGGACUUGCUGCCAACAGUCGGCCAAGGCCGCUCCCGGAUGCUGCCUCGUCCACAUCGCCAACUCAUUUCCAGGAGCGGGGACCUCCCGCAGAAAAUCCCGCAAACCUCUCCCUCCAACACCUCAGGAACAGGCGGCGAUGCCGGUGUCGGCGUCUGUCAGCCGCAAGGUGGUGGUGGCGCUGUACGACUACGACAUCAUGAACCCUGACGACCUCCCGCUGCGCAAGGACCAGGAAUACGUGGUGUUGGAGCAGGGCGACCACAACUGGUGGCGGGCACGGGACCCACAGGGGAGAGAGGGUUUCAUCCCCAGUAACUACGUGGUGGAGACCAGAGACCAGCUGGAGCAUUGCCAGUGGUACAACAAGGAGAUCACCCGCAGCAAAGCCGAGCAGCUGCUGAAACAAGAGCACGUCCGUCUGUCCGAACUGUGCAUCAAUCACUCACAGUAA